UAUCCGUGCCAUGCACAACACACCCUCCCAAAUUCCGACACGUAUCGAGAAAAGUGCCAUCCAUAAUAGCCACGUGGCAAGGACGUGCCUUGUCAUCGGAAGCGUUCACGAGCAUCCACGUGUAAAUAUUCAUAAAUCAUAAGCCGUCCGCUUGAUCCAAGCGAUGAAGUUAACUUAGCCUCAACAAGUUGAAUCUCAUCAACCAUCUAGAAGCUCGCCACGUGGCACCAGUCGUAGUUUUCCCGUGGAUGGUCGUGGAGAUCGUCGCCCCUAGAUUGGGAUCCCUAUAAAUCGCGAGUUGUUAUUGAUUCCGCUUCCUCUCCGUUAUAAUCGAAGGAGCAAGUAGAAGAAGAAUCUCGCGAGGGCAAACUAGGUGUCUGUUGCACAGCCGCAACUUAGCCAGUGAAAUAGUACGAUCAUGGCCGAAUCAGAAGCCAAACAGCAACCAGAAACGGUUCAUGGCGAGGAGAAAAGGUUGAAGUAUCUGGAUUUCGUCCAAGUGGCAGCGAUCUAUGUCAUCGUCUGCUUCUCAAGCCUCUACGAGUACGCGAAGGAAAACUCUGGUCCGCUGAAGCCCGGCGUCCAAACCGUCGAAGGCACCGUGAAGACCGUUAUUGGACCGGUUUACGAGAAGUUCUACGACGUUCCCUUCGAACUCCUGAUGUUCGUCGAUCGCAAGGUUGAGGCGUCCAUUUACGAGUUGGAACGUCACGUGCCAUCGCUGGUGAAGCGGGCUUCUUGCCAAGCGAUCACCGUGGCUCAGAAGGCUCCUGAGCUGGCCCUAGCCGUGGCUUCAGAAGUCCAGCGCGCCGGCGUGGUGGACACCGCGAAGAACAUCACGAAGAACGUGUACAGUAAGUACGAGCCCACCGCCAAAGAGCUCUGCUCCAAGUACGAGCCGGUAGCGGAGCAGUACGCUGUGUCAGCUUGGAGGUCACUGAAUCGGCUUCCGCUCUUCCCUCAAGUGGCUCAAGUAGUAGUCCCCACAGCGGCAUACUGGUCGGAGAAGUACAACCAGAGUGUGUCCUACACCGCCGAGAGAGGGUACACGGUGGCGUUGUAUCUGCCAUUAAUUCCAACAGAGAGAAUCGCCAAGGUAUUUGAGGAGGCUAGCGCUCUCCCCACCGUGGAAACCAACGGGAAUGCUAUUCCCUUGGCACAAUGAUGGUGAUUAGUUUUGGGCUGUCGGUUUGUUUUAAAGUUUUAAGUGCUUUGCUUUUUGGCUUUAUCUAUAGUUGGGAUUUGGGAAAACAAUAAAACAUACUGUGAUGAGCAUCUAUACUAAAUAUGGGUGUUUCCUGUAAAUUAUUUCGGAUUACCGUAUAAAAGGCAAAUUUAUAAAA